AUGAGGCCACAGUACGAAACAUGGAAUGCUAGCAAGAUAACGACAGUGAAGGUCACCGAACCAAUUGAGACUGACAGUUUCCCAAAUGCAAAAUUCAAAGUUGUUAGAGGUUCUGCGAAUCAAGUUCACGAAUUUACUCUCGCAGACCUUCCGUGUCUCAACCUAUAUGACUGGAUCAUGCUCUACAACUUAUUGUUGAGAGACGAACAGAAGUACAAGUCUGUUAUCGCUCACCUCAAGCUCAUGAUUGUUUCGUAUAUACAAGAGGUGGGAAAUAUGGAUGUAGAGAUAGUUGUCGUGCUGCAAAGGAAGCCUUUUGUUGUCCCUAAAGAAGCUCCGAAAGGAUUUGAGAAGUUGAAGCUCGGGAAAAUUUACAAAGAAGGUUGGCAUGUGGUAUUUCAAGCAAGGGAACAGAACGAUGUUGAUCUUCAUAAAGCAUGUUUCUUCCUCCCGGACAAACAUUUGUACACUACUUCCUGUCUUGAAUUCGCUGCAGUGUACAAACAUUUGUACACUACUUCUUGUCAACAAAUUCAAGGGAAACAACGCGGGUGA